AUGGGCAACACUGCAACCAAGUUUCGUAAGGCCCUGGUGAGCGGGGAUGAAGCUCUGGCCUGGCAGCUGUAUGAGGGAAACCCACAGUUUAGGGACGGCCUCGACCCCAACGCAUCAUACGGAGAACAGUACCAGCACAACACUGCUCUGCACUACGUCUGCCGCCAUGCCAUGACACGGAUACUCAGGUCUUUCCUGUUCAACAAGGAGGGGAACCCCAACAAGAGAAAUAUACACAAUGAGACGUGCCUCCAUGUGCUUUGCCAAGGUCCUCAGAUUUUUCUUCUGCCAGAGGGGGCGCUGUCGCCAAGACUUUCACGACCUCAAAGGGAUGAGCAGCGCCGCACUGACUGCCUCCAGAUGAUUCUAAGCUGGACCGGAGCCAGGCUUGAGGGUGGCCAAUAUGAAAAGGCAAAUGUCAACUCCACAGACAACCACCACUGCAUUUGCUUGCACUACGCUUCCGCUGCAGGCAUGAGGAGCUGUGUGGAGCUGCUGAUACAAAAUGAGGCGGACCUUUUUGUGGAAGAUGAAGACAAGUUGACUCCGUGUGACCACGCCGAGCGGCACAACCACACGGAUCUGGCCCUCAGCCUGGAGUCACAGAUGGUUUUCUCCUCCUCAGCUCAGCAGUCAAACGCACUCAAAGACACUCAAGCUGAAGCCAACCUGCUGCAGUACAAGGAGCCUUUUGAGGGUCUCAAGCUCCAGGACCUGCGUAAACUGAAGGACAUGCUGAUUGUGGAAACGGCCGACAUGCUACAAGCGCCUCUGUUCACCGCAGAGGCUCUUCUCCGUGCUCAUGACUGGGACAGAGAGAAGCUUCUGGAGGCCUGGAUGUCUGAUGCUGAAGCCUGUUGCCAGCGCUCCGGUGUGGCCAUGCCCACCCCUCCUCCAAGUGGGUACAAUGCCUGGGACACUCUGCCCUCUCCACGCACCCCCAGGACCCCACGUUCACCUCUUACCCUCACCCUCACCUCCCCGACGGACAGCUGCAUCACUCCUGGAGACGAGAGCUUGGCCAUGUGUGGGAUCUGCCUCUGCUCCAUCUCUGUCUUUGAAGACCCAGUGGACAUGUCGUGUGGUCAUGAAUUCUGCAGAGCAUGUUGGGAAGAGUUUCUGAAUGUGAAAAUACAAGAAGGUGAUGCACACAAUAUCUUCUGCCCGGCUUAUGAGUGUUACCAGUUGGUUCCAGUGCAUGUGAUAGAGAGUGUGGUGUCAAGAGAAAUGGACCAGCGAUAUCUUCAGUUUGACAUAAAGGCUUUUGUGGAGAAUAAUCCAUGUAUUCGCUGGUGUCCUGUACCUCGAUGUGAGCGGGCAGUGCGCCUGACACGGCCGGGCCCCGGGGAUAACGACCCACACAGCUUUCCCCUGCUGCCCUCUCCUGCUGUUGACUGUGGCAAAGGGCACCUCUUCUGCUGGGAGUGUCUUGGAGAGGCGCACGAGCCAUGUGACUGUCAGAUGUGGAGGAAUUGGCUCCAGAAAGUCACUGAGAUGAAGCCGGAGGAGUUGGCAGGUGUUGGCGAGGCUUAUGAAGAUGCUGCGAACUGCCUAUGGCUGCUGACCAACUCCAAACCCUGUGCCAACUGCAAGUCCCCCAUUCAGAAGAAUGAGGGCUGCAACCAUAUGCAGUGUGCCAAAUGCAAGUAUGAUUUCUGUUGGAUUUGUCUGGAGGAGUGGAAAAAGCACAGCUCGUCUACAGGCGGCUAUUAUCGGUGCACACGUUAUGAAGUAAUUCAACAGCUGGAAGAGCAGUCCAAGGAGAUGACUGUGGAAGCUGAAAAGAAGCACAAAAGCUUUCAGGAACUGGAUAGAUUCAUGCAUUAUUACACUCGUUUUAAGAACCAUGAACAUAGUUAUAAGUUGGAGCAGAGACUGUUGAAAACUGCAAAAGAAAAGAUGGAGCAGCUAAGCAGAGCUUUCAUCAGCCGAGAAGGUUCUCCUCCAGACACCAGGUUCAUCGAGGACGGUGUGACAGAGCUGCUGAAGACACGGCGGGUACUGAAGUGCUCUUAUCCGUAUGGCUUCUUUCUGCAGCAAGGAAGCACCCAGAAAGAGAUCUUUGAGCUCAUGCAGACUGAUUUGGAAAUGGUGGUGGAGGACUUAGCUCAAAAAGUCAACCGGCCGUACCUGCGCACUCCCUGCCAUAAGAUUGUCUGUGCAACACGGCUGGUGCAGCAGAAGAGGCAGGAGUUUCUAGCGUCUGUAGCCCGAGGAGUAGCUCCAAAUGAUUCCCCUGAACCUCCGCGCAGGAAUUACCCAGGAGCUUCAUGGGAUUGGGAAUACCUGGGUUUUGCUUCCCCUGAGAUGGGCAGUCGGCAUUCAGUCUUGGGAGCAGGAGACCAAAGAGAUAGACAUUCACAGGAUUUUGCUGAUAUCCAGUACCGGCGCAGACAUCGGUCCCGGCGCAGAGGAGACAUGCUGAGUCUGCACAGCCUCCGAAGCAGCAGCAACACCCCAGAGACCAGCCGGAGGAGUGAAACCACCGACGGCUUGGAGCAAAGUGAAGGACGGCGGCGCAUGCUCGGCUCUUUGGAUGAAGACGACCCAAACAUCCUGCUGGCAAUCCAGCUGUCGCUGCAGGAAGACAGGGCCUCAGAGAGAAGAGCCGCCUCAGCAGGAGAGCUGGUGGACCUGGCUCUACACUCCCUCAGCACUGAAUCACCUUUGGGUGCCAGAGGGUCAUCCUUUCCCUUGUCUCUUCUAGACCCACCUCAGCCCCCCAACAGGACUGACUCACAACCCUCUGUGCCCACCUCCAUCCCCCUUCCUCCUCCUCCCCCGCCUCUGAGCGCAGAGCUUCUGCAGCUGGGAGACAGUCUUUUAAAACUGAGCAGCCUUUCUCACUUUUGUGACCAACACACACAUCAGCCCACCUGUGCACCUCUCCUCAGUGACCCCAUCCCCCGACCAGAGCCAGACCAUCACAGUCUGACAGAACACCACUUCUCCUUGGGUUACUCUGAGCCUGAGCCAAGUGACCCCUCUGCACAGGCCACUCGCCCCAUCACAUCUGCCCCAGACAACCUCCCUCUACAGGUUCCAAAGCCAGACAGCACCUACAGCUCAGAGCGCCUCGUAGACCCUCAACCUCCCACCCAGCUGUGCCUGCCGUCACCAGAGCCUGAACCAGAGCUUCUGCUGUCCCCUGUCAUUCCUCCAGGGGGCCCCUUCACCCCCAGUGACCCCCAGAGCCUCCAAGCUCUGGACCCCACUGCCAGCGCCCAGCUACUGGACAACAUCAUGGCCUGGUUCAACAACAACAUCAACCCCCAGAACAAUCCCCAGUGUCUCGCCCUGAUCCCCUCCCCUCCCACCACAGAGACGGACUCUUCUCCUGACGCAGAGACGGAGAGUGUGGCGUCCAGAGACACGGUAUCUGUCCCCCCACUCUGGCAACCCCUGGAGGGUGAGCCUUGUCUGGAGCUGGACCACAGGGACUCAGAAGGGGGAGCAGGAGGUGAGCUGUCGCUGGUCGAAGAGCACAUCCCUCCUCCCCUUCUGAGCUGCAGUCCCCCUCACACUGCCCCACAGGACGAGUCCUCCCCAGAGGAGUGGGAAGAGCAGGUGCACCUGGUGUGA